GUGGCCUAUGGCGGAAGUUCAGGUGGAUCUUUGAGUUGCGCUCGUAGAAUGUAGAGCGUCAGUUUCACACAAUAACAGACAGAAAUCAACCAUGGCUCUCAACGGCAAUCAUUCUGAAUCUGGAGGUGUUAUCAUCAACAACAGCGAAAGUGUCUUGAUGUCAUAUGAGAAUGUGGAGCUGGUGUUCAGUGACGCAGAACGCUUGCCAGAAGCCUUCAGAAAAAGCAAGAAGGGAAGCGUGUACCUGACACCUUACAGGGUGAUCUUCUUGACUAAAGGCAAGGACCCUCUGCAGUCUUUCAUGAUGCCGUUUUAUCUUAUGAAGGGCUGUGAGGUUAAGCAGCCAGUUCUUGGUGCCAACUACAUCAAGGGAACGAUCAGCGCCGAGCCUGGAGGUGGUUGGGAAGGUUCUGCAACCUUUAAGAUGAUUUUUGUUGCUGGAGGAGCGAUUGAGUUUGGACAGUACAUGCUGCAGGUGGCUGCACAGGCAUCCAGAGGGCAACCGGUGACUGUAAAUUAUGGCUGUCCUUACAUGGCGAACGGGGCGUACGCUUACCCUCCACCUCCUCCUGCUAACGGCAUGUAUUCGGCCGCACCUCCUCCGCCUGGAUACGCCUACCCUGGACCUCCACCACCAGGUGCAUUUUACCCCAACCCUCCUGGCUUUGAUGGACCAGCAGCCUACAUGCCUCCUCCACCGUAUACAGCUCCGAUGGACCACGCUCCUCUGGACCCAGACCUGCCCAGAACCCCCGCAGCUGAAGCAAAAGCAGCUGAAGCUGCAGCGAGUUCCGGCGCAUCUACUUUUGCUCCGACGCGGGUCUAUCUGCCUGAGGACAAGCCUCCACCCUACUCCCCACCUGAAGACAAGAAGAACCAGUAGAUGUGUUUGCAGCAAGCACAUCCUCUCCUCUCUCUCCAUUCCCUUCAUCUCAUCCUUUGUUCCUCUCACCAUCUCCAGUUAAACGCCCCGCUGGCACGGGCUCCCCGUGAGGCUGCACGCAGUGACGGGGGCACCAGUAGAGGGUGCAGCAUUAACAUGACCUGACCUAUGUAGAGGGACCAGAGAGAAACACAUGAAUAAAACAACUUUAAUGAAUUCACAGCUGGUGAAUGAGAGGGACGGACUGUUAGCUUUCUAACCGACAGUAAA